AUGAGGGCUGUUUCAGCAAACUUCUUCGCUCUGCUCUUCCUGUGCGCCUUUGCAAGUGUUUUCUACGUCUGGAGCGCACUGGAGAACCGUGUUGAGCGACACAAACGGAUGUUCUCGGUACCAGGCGGAGGGUCUUUCUACCCAAGCCUCCCCGUGGACCUCUCUGCCAAAACUUUCCGGGCAUUGCUCGCUGUCCCACCGGCACAAAGACCGCACUUGGGGGGCAGACUUGAGGCUCUCAACCUCACUGAUAUCUCAGUAGGAAGUCGAAAUUACCAUAUGAAUGGGGAUAACAAGAGGUCAACACAGCGGGAGGGCCCGGUCAAGUUAGGCUCCCCUGUGGAGGAUGGGAUAUUUUGGAGUAAAUGGCUGGAAGAACUCCUCCCUGUGGGCUUCACGGAGGAAUAUGCUCGGACUUGGCGAGAAAGAGCGAGGACACACCGGAUAGUGAAGCUAGAGUCUGGAUGCGGCAGGAUAUCCAAUCAGCUCGCCACUUUUGCAGAUGGGACCAAAGCGUGUGUGCGUUACGGGAUAAAUGCAGAUCAGGUGCAAGGCGAAACUUUGACAUAUUACCUUGCCAGUUUGCUAGGCAUCACGAACCUGCCUCCUUUAAUACUAUCUCAAUUGAACACUUACAGUGAACAAUGGGCGGCUGUCAGAACACGGAUAGAUAGUUUACAGUGGAGUGACCGAGCCGUGGUCUCUCUGACCGAAUGGGUCUCCAAUCUGACCGGGGUGGUCACACCUGCGCCGCUCAGACAGGAGAGCAGCGGGCUGCAUCCUGCGCUGGAGGAGCUUCGGAACAAGACGACGGUUGAGCUGUUGGAGCUCGUGCAGUGGACCGACCUUAUCAUAUUCGACUACCUGACUGCAAACUUCGACAGACUUGUCAGCAAUCUGUUCAGUCUGCAGUGGGAUUCGCGCGUAAUGGAGAGGGACACCAACAACCUCCUGAAAACACCAGGUGGUGACCUCGUAUUCAUUGACAACGAGGCUGGACUCGUGCACGGGUUUCGGGUGUUAAACAUGUGGGAGAAAUAUCACAAUACAGUGCUGAGCUCUGUGUGUGUGUUCAGAAAAAGGACCGCGCAGCUCGUGGCGGAGCUGCACAGGCGCAGAGACUCCAGGAAAAGACUGCUGGAGCUCUACAGAGACAGCGAGCCUUUGUCCCUGGAAUUAGGAUUUCUCUCAGAUGAACACGCCGGUGUUCUCCAGGACAGGAUAGACAGAUUAUACAAACACAUUUUGUAUUGCAAAGGGAAGUACAGCCAGCUGUGA